UGCCUCUUUAUAGUCUGUCUCCCUUUGCCUUCACAUUCCAUCUCUCUCACUCUGUUUUUGGUAUCUUCUGUUAUUUAACCAAAAUCUAAUUCCUAGACUCGAAAAUGGGGAGAAGCUAUGCUAAUGAAGGAUGGGGCGAAGAUGAAUUUUACAUGGAGCAACUCGACCACGAAGACGAAACUUUAUCCUUAUGCGAUCUUCCCAUACAUGUAGUCAAAGCCGACAAACCCCAUUUUCUGUUCGAAGAAAAGCCCGGAGCCGGCGAGAAACCCAUUGCCGCCGCCGACGAUGACGAAUUUGAUUUUGGUUCUUUAGGGGGUUUCAGUAAUUCUUCCGCUCAGCCGCCGCCGCAAAUGUGUUUGGCCGACGAGGUCUUCUACCAGGGUAAACUUUUGCCCGUUCGCCUCUCUGUUAGCUCUGACACCACCUCCACUGGAUUCCACCGCCGGCAAGGCUCAGGCUACGGUUCGUUUGGGAACGUCAGAAGUAUUAAUAGCAGUGGAAGCAGUAGCAGUAGAAGCCAGUGCUCUUCCUCGAGCGUAACUACUACUUCCAUAACAAGUACCUCUGCUGUUAGAAACUCACUGCCCAGAGUCCCGAAUUUAUUCCACUCCCACCCGAGCCCCAAACCCCAAAUUAAGGCCUCGCCUAUCACGUUUCGACAGGCGAGCACCGGCGGAGGCCGCCAAAUAUCCUCCUCCAAGUGGGAUUUUUUCCGGUUAGGGGUAGUGAAAGCGCCCGGAAUGGAACUACAGGAUCUCAAACACCGGAGCAGCACGAGAAGAAACUCCUCCGUCAGCCGAAGCGACAGCGAGAAGGCCUUUAUUCCUGCUGCAAGCAACGGGAACAGCGUGAAGGAGAUUAUGAGGAGACCUCGAGCUAGUGUAUCAAUAGAGAGAAAGCGCGGGGGGAUUCUGAGCGGAGUUGGGUGUAAGUGUUCGGUGGGGUCGACGGUGACGCCGGCGCCGAAGACGGUGGUAGUAAGGAGGAGGAAGGGGAACCGUAAGAAGACUCCAAAAAAGGAAAAAGAAGAACAGGAAAAGUUAGCAUUGUCUCGUGAUCGAACGUUUGAAUGGCUAAAGGAGCUCUCGCAUGCAUCCUUUCCCUACGGAGAGGGUUGAGCAUCGGCAAUGGUGGGAGUCAUGAGAAAGAGAGGCGUUGGGGAUGGAUGAUAGUGACUGUCAUGAUUAAAGUGUAGAAUGAACAAUGCUUUUAUGGGUGAGAGAGCCAAUGAGGAAUGGAACAGGACAACAAUGCCAUUGGAUCAUUCUCGUACUGUUUCAAAUUUUGUGAUUGCCAAAUGUUUUGUCUUUUCAAAAGAAAAGCUAAUUUUGGCAUAACUUCUUUUU